CCUUAAAAUGUUACUCCUGUAAAGACAUCGAUUCUGCUGAGAGGUGUAACACAACAAUAGAGUGUCCAGGAACUGAUUACCAAUGCAUUACUGGAGUGUCCUUUACCAAUGAUUUUCGACAGGUCUUCAAAUUAGGCUGUGCUCCAAAUUCCGUCUGUUCUCAUUAUGGUAAACGUUCUAUAAGUAGAAGAGCCGACGCUUCCUGUUGUUCGUCAGAUCUUUGUAAUCACAAUGGGCACAUAAAAAGAUCCAUAGACGCUCCAGUUUUCAUAAAAGAUUCACGUAGAGAAACAGCGCCCUCUAUGUGUGACGACACAGAUGAGUUGGCUUGUACUUUACUGUUCACAACUAAUCCUCACUUCUGUGCAGACGACUGUUUUGCAGACAAAAUAUGUCCUAGACUCUGUGGAAGAUGUUCAGAGUGUUAUUCAUGUGACCAUGUUAAUGAAACAGAGCAGUGUAACCAGACCCGAGUUUGUGAAAAAGGGGAGAACUGUAAUUCACCGUCAUAA